AUGCAUAAACUAUCUUCAGAUGGUGUUCGUGACAACGAACUCAAAUGGUCUGACUCUUACUUGUCAUCAAGAUACAUACAAACUACUUGUGGCUUAGAAGUAUCACAGCCAUUACCAUGCAACAUUGGUGUACCUCAAGGAAGUAUCCUUGGGCCUCUUCUGUUCAUCAUCUACAUCAGCGAUCUUCCUGAUGUUGUMCGCCAUUCUCAAGUAUCCCUAUACGCUGAUGAUAGAGUCUUGUACUWUUUCUCCUCCUCAGUUCCUGACAUAGAAKAUAAGCUUAAUGAAGAUCUCAAGCUGGUCCACCUCAAAGACAUCGAGAGAGUUCAAGAAUUCAAGUACAUUGGUGUGGUCUUUUCCAGCAAUAUGUCUUGGUCUGCUCAUGUUGAAAAACAGAUGACCAAAAUCAAAAAACGCCUUGGUCUCCUGAAGCGAAUCAAACAUCUUUUKCCUAAAUUCGCUAGACUCUUGUACUUCAACAGCUUGGUCCUACCGCUUUUUGAUUAUGGUGAUAUUGUUACAUAA